AUGACAGUGAUCGAGGUUGGGUACGAUGGUCCUAUUGCGGUCAUAGUGCUUAACAAACCCGACAAGCUGAACGCGUUGACCAAAGACGAGUUCUACCAGCUCGCACGCACACUUCGGGAGGUUGCCGACCAUGAUGAAGUGGUAGCGACUGUGUUGACAGGCAACGGGAGAUUCUUUUCAGCCGGCGCGGAUGUGUCGGUCCCUAGGCAGGUUCCCGAGGGCACAGACUUAUAUCGGCAUAACUUGACCGUCACUGUGGCCAGCAACAUGAAUCUGGCGCGAGCCUUUUACACACAUCCCAAGAUCCUGGUAGUAGCCCUCAACGGCCCUGUGGUGGGCAUGUCUGCUGCACUGAUUGCUUUCGCCGAUUUUAUUUAUUCUACACAGGAGACAUUUCUCUUGACACCGUUCGCUAGCUUGGGCCUAAUCAGCGAAGGGGUCUCGUCCAUAGCUUUCGCAGAGCGCAUGGGAAUCUCUAAAGCAAAUGAAGCCUUGAUCCUGGCGAAGCGCAUAUCGAGCAAGGAAUUACUUGAUGUGGGUUUCGUGAACCAAAUAUUCGAUUGCCCCGCGCAGUCAUUCCGGAGUGAGGUGCUCAAGGAGGUCAAGGAAAGGUUCCAUGAGGGUCUGAAUGCCUCCAGCAUGUUGCAGAUCAAGAAAAUGAUUAGACAUAGAUCAAGGCGAGAACUGGACGCUCAGAAUGUUGAUGAAGUGUUUGGUGCUCUCGAGAGAAAUGUCCAGGGAAUUCCGCAGAAGGAGUUCGAGAAAUUAAGGACAGGGAAGAAAAAACACAAGCUUUGA